AUGGUGAGAAACAUGAGUGCAGCCGAUUCAGAUGGCCCGUUCAGGAUCUGAUCAAGAAAAAAUUCGACAAGAAGAAAAAGAAGGCGACGACGAAGAAAGGCCAGCAGAAGGCGGCGAAGAAUCCGGCUCAGAAGAAGGCGUCGAAGGACAAGAAGAAGAAAAAGAAGGCGAACAAGAAGAAGCAGAGCGAUUCCAGCUCCGAUAGUUCUGACAACUCGGACGACAGCCAACGCGUUCGGUUGAAAGCGGUUCAGUCGAAGCUGGCAGUCGAUGCGGCGAACAUUGACAAAAAGUACCGGAUGACCGGAUCGCUCAUCAAAAAACCCGAGAAUCCGGAGGGAUUCGCUCGGAAAGUUCUGGAAGCGGAGUGGAAGGAAAUGGUGAUUGAUCCGAAAGUGCCACUGGAAACUGUGAGGACUCUCGACGUAUAUCUGAAAAACCGUGCAGAACUCAAAUCGACGGAUCAUGUUGUGAUUGCAGAAAAGUAGGAAAGGGGAUGGUUCUGGAUAUCAGAGACGUUUCAGAGUGGACGACGACGAGAAGAAGGCGACGACGCGUCUGAAAGUGCUCACAAAGUUCGACGAAGGUCGUUUCGCGGGCAUCUACAUGGUUCAGAACGAAGCGGCCGUCAAGUGAUUAUUUCUUCCAUUCGAACUUUCAAAUAGUCUCUUCACUUCCAGCAACGACGUCGUUUCGAUCUCCAACGGGCGGUUCAUGAUGAAAACGGCGCUCCGUCAGCUGUCCAGUCAUCAGAUUACGUAUCGUCUUUCGGUAGAACGCACCUGAAUCCAAGAGAAAACCGUGCUAUUUCAGAGAGAAAUAAACAUUCUCAAGUCGUUUUGGUCGAAGAAGGAGGAUGCUCCACAACGUCUUCCGCCUAUCCUCUACGAUGGACGCAUUCUCGGAGUACCAUUUUACGGUAACUCAUUCGUAAAAAAACUGUAACUGUUUUCAUUUCAGUCACCAACAUCUACGACAUUAAUCUUGAAAAGUGUCGUGAAGAGAUGGGCGGAGGCAAUUUCUGCUCCAAAUCAAUGUUCCUUAUCGCCCAGGAAGUCAUGUUGGCUAUCAAAGUUUCUCAAUUCUCUUCCCCAAUCACUUGACAUAUUUUUCAGUUUCUCCAUCGUCAUCAGCUCGUUCAUCGAGAUAUCAAACCACACAAUAUCGUUUUGAGUCUUCAGAAUCGUGAUCAGUGGUUCCUGAUUGACUUUGGCGAUACUGUUGGUGUUAGUAGAACAUCGUCGUGAGUUUGAGAAGUGAAUAAAAUCAAAAUGUUUGUUCGAUGACAGCCUGAGUCCUCCUGAUGGACAGACUCUUCCGUUCGUCUCUCGUGAAGGACACGAUCAGCUUCUGGCGAGCGCUCCGACCACAUACCAACAGGAUCUCGACUCGUGGUUCCUCACGAUCAUUGACAUGUCAGUUACUCACCCUUCCUAUACCUAAACUGUUGAUAUUUCAGGUACAAGUCACUUCCAUGGCGUGACAAUCCGAAGAUCGAUCAAGUGGCGAAGGAGAAGAAAGAAUUCUUCAAGAAUCCCGUUCCUUUCCUCUCUGAUCUGCCUCCACAAAUGUCUGAGAUCUUCAAACUUCUGAAAACGGACGCUGCUCCGUACACGGCCAUUUCGAGGAAAAUCUCGGAAGGAUUGAGCGAUCCCAAAGAGUCGGGAGGCGCACCAGAAUGGUACGAUCGUCAGGCGACGAGAAAAAUGGCGAAGCAGCAGAGAAAGAAGAAGAAUGACGAUGACACGACGACGACGACGACGACGACACUUGAAGGGGAAGAGCAGGCGGCGCCCACGCGGAAAGACCGAUCAGUCUAUCUGGCUGCCACUGAAGGUGAGCAAGCAGAAAGCUUCCCUGCCAACUGAGCAUGUUCAGGCCCUCGUCCGACUCGCAAGGUGUCGAGAGAAGCGGCUGAGCUGACGGCCAACAAAGUAGCGAGUAUUGUCGAUGAUGGUCCCAAUGCGCCGACGCCUCCAUCUCCGAACCAAAGACAAGGCGAGGAUAAACUUUCCAUGUUGAGACCGUCUCAUGGAAUGUUUCAGAUCGUUCGGUGUAUCUAAAUGACUUCCCAGCUGCUGCUGCUGCGAUAGAUGCGAACAAGAAGAAGUAUCGGUUCAAACCAAAGGCCAAAUGA